GGGAGUGGGGUUCUUGACACAGCGUGGUGCUGACUGCUUUGGGACGUGUUUCAACAGAUGGUCGAGGUUAGAGAGUGUCAUCACAUUGGGGAGAGGAUUAGAGGAGAGAGGUUGUCUUCCAGGAGCUGUGUGGUCCCCCCUACUCUUGAAACCAAGUCCCAGCACGAAGAUACAAACCCCUCCAUGAGCAGAGGCAGAUCUGGUCAAGAAGCGUGGGGAUAAAACUGAGAGGAAUCGUAUCCUUGCCUCUCAGUCAGCCAGCACUUUUCUCUCCAGCCUUCCAGUCACCAUGCUGAUUCACUGGCUGUCCUGGUUGGCCCUCCUGUCGCUGGAUUGGGCUCCAGGCAGCUGGGCCUUCACCACCACCAGGGCUCAGGGCCUCAGGGGUCGCAUUCAGAGAGACCGCAGAAACAUCCGGCCCAACAUCAUCCUCAUCAUGACUGACGACCAGGAUGUUGAGUUGGGUUCUCUACAGGUAAUGAAUAAAACCCGCAAGAUCAUGGAGGAUGGUGGCACUUCUUUCACCAAUGCCUUUGUCACCACACCCAUGUGCUGCCCGUCACGUUCUUCCAUGCUGACGGGCAAGUACGUCCACAACCACAACACCUACACCAACAAUGAGAACUGUUCGUCCCCUUCCUGGCAAGCUCAGCAUGAGCCGCGCUCCUUUGCAGUCUACCUCAAUGAAACUGGCUAUAGAACAGGUUUGUGA